AUGGCUUUAAGAUCAGGAGUAUUGAAAAUUAAUUCAUUGAAAAGGAAACUUUUUAUACUGGGAGAAAAAUCUUUAAAGACAGGAUUACAAUAUGAGAUACCUGAGGAGAGAAGAGAAAAAAUAUACAAUGAAAAUAUUGAUUCUUCUACAAUUUUAUGUAAUAAAAAUUUUGUUAAAAAAGAAUAUCUAAAAAAACCAGAAUUAAUUAUUUUUGAUAAAGAUGGAACAUUAAUUUGUUUUCAUGCUAUGUGGGUACCUUGGGUUAUUGGUUAUGUUGAAAGAAUUGAAAAAUUUUCUGGAUUAUAUUUAUCUUCUGAUUUAUAUAAAAAAUUAGGUUUUUGUAAAAAAACAAGAAAAGUAAUUCCAGGUUUGUUAGCAGAAGGAACUAUGAGACAAAUUAAGAAUGCUGUAUUAGAUGUUUUAAGUAUUUAUGGAAUGUCAAAAGAAGAAAGUGAAAAAAUUAUUAAAAAAGUAUCCCAAAUAAUGAAUGAAGAACAAAAAAAUGAUAAAUUUAUUAAAGAAGUAACAAAUAUUCAUCGAUUAUUUAAUAUCCUUAAAAAUGAUAAUAUUAAAAUAGCUAUCUGUACAUCUGAUUCAAGAAAAAAUACAAUUCAUACAUUAUCAUUUUUAGGUGUAACGCAUUUUAUUGACUUUAUUAGUUGUGGUGAUGAUAUUGGAAAUAUCCCUAAACCAGAUCCAAGUAAUGCUUUAAAAAUUUGUUCAUAUUUAAAUGUUUCUCCCUCUAAAGCAAUUAUGGUUGGAGAUACUCUUACAGAUUUAAAAAUGGCACAUUUAGCCAAACUGGGUGGUAGUGUAGGUGUAUUAACAGGGGUUGGAAAUUACUCGUUACUAUAUCCUUAUUCUAAAUUAUUGGUAAAUGAUGUAUCCCAAAUUCCAAUGUAUUUUAUAUAA